AUGUCGUCCUCGUCCUCGUCGUCGGCGUCGUCUAACUCGUCCAGCUCCUCGGGCUCUUCAGGCACCAGCUCGGGGAGCUCUUCCGACUCGGCCGCCCCCGCUGCGCGCUCUGCGGUGUCCCCUGCGAGUGACGCAACUCCCGCACCUGUGCCUGCUGUGAGCAGCAACGGCCACGACAACGCGGAGCCUACUGCCGACGCCGGAGCCGAGGCUGCAGCCGAUGCCGACGCUGUUGCCGACGCCGGAGCCGAGGCUGUAGCCGAUGCCGAGGCUGUUGCCGAGACCGAGACCGAGACCGAGCCCGAGGCUGAGCCUGUGCCCGAUGCCGAGGUCGAUGCCGAGCCCGAGGUCGAGGCCGAGCCUAUUGCCGAGCCUGCUGCCGAGCCUGCUGCCGAGCCUGCUGCCGAGGCCGAUGCCGAGGUCGAGGCAGAGCCUAUUGCCGAUCCUGCUGUCGAGCCUGCUGCCGAGCGUGCUGCCGAGGCCGAUGUCCAAGCCGAGCCCGAGGCCGAGCCUUCUGCCGAAGCCGAACCAGAGCCCGAGCUCACCCCCGAGCCCAGCCCCGAGCCCGAGGCUGAUCUCACCCCACUGCCAGAGCCGUCGCAGCCACCAGCUGAGCUGUUCGAGGAGGCCUUUACGUACGAAAAGUCCAAGUAUGAGUACACGACGGCACGGAUCCAGGUCAAAGCCAUGGAGCAGCGCAUGCUGCUCGAGUACGCAACAUCGCCGUCGCAGCGCGAAACGCUGUUUGAGGAUACGUUCCUCAUGACCCAUUCCGAGUGGCUGCCUUCGCACGGCCUGGCCGAGUUUCUGUGCAAGCGUGCGGCGUCGGCGCCGGCAGAGUCCAUUGCCAACGUCUUUGACUCGCGCCCGGCUGACCACGCUGCGUGCAAGUUCCAUCUGCAAAAGCGCCAGCUCAACAUGGCCCGCUACUGGAUGGCGCACUUUUCCUACGACAUGCACAAGCCCGGCGUCGAGUUCUGGCUCCGUAAGCUCAUCGCCGCCAUUCUCGCAGAGCACGCCACCCCCGACGAGACCGGUGAUGACGAGCCCGAGCUCGCCGUCCUUGCCACCGAGACCGGGCACUGGCUUGACGAAGUCCUCCGAAACGGCGCCGUCAAGUACACUAUCGCCCCGCUCGACACCCUGGCCGAGGAGCCUGUCGCCGUGCCGGAGCCGCUUGUGCCCAACGUCAACCCGAUCACUAUGCUCGAGGACGUCAACCCGAUUGAGGUCGCCCGACAGCUCACCCUCCAUGACUUUGAGCUGUUCUAUGCCAUCCGCCCUUGUGAGUUCCUCCAUUCGUGCUGGUCGGACAAGGAUGCCGGCCGCGAGACCGCGCCCAACGUUCUUGCCCUCAUCGACUCGUUCAACCACUGGUCGGCUCGCGUCACCUCGGACAUCCUCGCCCUGCCCAAGACCGCCAACCAGACCCACCGCGUGUGUUUCUUCCUCGACGUUGCUCUCGCAUGCCGCAAGCUUGACAACUUCAACUCGCUCUGGGCCAUCAUGUCGGCGCUCCAAUCGGCCGCCAUUGCGCGUCUCGAGCCUGUCUGGGCCUCGCUCCCGGCGAGCUACCGCGAGAUCUACGACUCGCUUGCCGAGCUCAUGUCGACCUCACACAACUUUGCCAACUACCGCACCGCCCUCACCCGCGUCUCCCCGCCGUCGAUCCCCUACCUCGGCCUCAUGCUCCAAGACCUGACCUUUAUCCACGACGGCAACGACUCGCUCGUCAGCCCGGCCGACGACGAGAAUCUCGAGUUCUCGCUAGUCAACGUCGAGAAGCAUGCCAUGUCUGCCAAAGUCAUCAACCUCAUCCUCGGCCUCCAGGACCGCUCGUCGGCACGGGACUCUCCGGCAGGUGGCCUUGCGGGCGGCCGCGGCUACCCGCUCCACACCCUCGACACCGUCCGGGACUACCUCCUCUCCAGCGACGGCAUCCUCGCCGAUGAAGCCGCCUACCAGCUCUCACUCGAGCGCUUCCCGCGCGGCUCCAAGGUCAAAAAGUCCAAGGUCAAGCACAAGCCGCUGGAUCCAGAGACCGUCGUCAAGCCAGACGCCCAUGAUACCGGCGUUGACCCGGCAUCGACCGCGGCCUUUGUCGCAGACGUCACCGCCCGCCUUGUCGAAGAGUCAUACGCCACCGGCGAGGUCAUUGUCCGUGUCGGCUCGCCCGGCGACGCAAUGUAUUUUGUCAAGUCUGGCCAGAUUGAGGUUCGCCUCCGCCACGGCGCUGUCCGCUACCUGGCCGGCGGCCAGUUCUUCGGCGAGGUCUCAAUCUUCAAGUCAGGCAAGCGGACCGCCACCGUUCUUGCCGCCACAGACACCGUUGUAUCCCGCCUCGACCGCGACGUUCUCCUCUCUACCAUCGGCAACUUUCCCGACGUCGAGACUGCCUUCCGCCAGCUUGCCUCGGAGCGCCUGGCCAACUCGUCGAACCCACGCCGCCGCUCGAAAAAGCCCAAGUGGCUGUCCUCGAUCUCUGCCGCUGCCGCCGCUGCCGCCGCCGCGCCGUCGGCCGCCGCUGCCUCGCCUGCUGCCGCCGCUUCUGCUGCUGCCGCCCCGGCCGCCGCCUCAGAUGCUGCUCCGGCUGAGCAGGCCGAGAAGCCGUUGACCAAGGCCGAGCUCAAGGCCAAGGCCAAGGCCGAGAAGGAGGCCCGCAAGAAGGCCGAGGCCGAGGCCAAGGCCAAGGCCAAGGCCGAGAAGGAGGCCCGCAAGAAGGCCGAGGCCGAGGCCAAAGCCAAGGCCAAGGCCGAAAAGGAGGCUCGCAAGAAGGCCAAGAAGCUCAACAAGUCGGCCUCUCAGGCUUCGCUCGCCGACUCGACCUCGGAGCUCGCCGAGUCCGAGGCCGAUGCCGAGUCUGAGGCUGCUGACGGCAGCGCCAAGGACAAGGGCAAGGGCAAGGACAAGGGCAAGGACAAGGGUAAGAAGAAGGACAAGAAGAAGGACAAGAAAAAGGACAAGAAGAAGGCCAAGGCCAAGGGAGAGGACGAAGGCGAGGAAGCCGAUGCUGGGACAGAGCCUGCUGCCGAGCCUGCUGCCGAGCCUGCUGCCGAGCCUGCUGCCGAGCCUGUUGUGGCGCCUGCUGCUGCCGAGCCUGCUGCUGCCGAGCCUGCCGCCGCCGAGCCUACUGUCGAGCCUGCUGCUGAUGAGGAAGCCGGUAUGGACAAGGUUGAGAACGAGGCAGAGGCUGCCGAGCCCGAGCCCGCCGCCGAGCCCGCCGCCGAGUCCGCCUUGGAGCCCGCCGAGCCCGCCGAGCCCGCCGAGUCUGAUAAUGGCAAGAGCAAGAAGAAGGACAAGAAGAAGAAGAAGAAGAAAAAGUCCAAGGACGCCGAGUAG